AAGUAAUAGACUGGGAACUAAAAACAUUUCGCUGACCAAAUCUCAGCUGGCUCAUAAAUUUGCACGUGUGUGUGUGAGUUUUAAAAUGGCGGACGCCGAACACAAGAAGAGUGGGUCAAGGAGCUUUAAGAAGAAAUUCAAAGGGAAGGGUGAUGAUACAAAACGGAAAUUUAAACCGAAAAAGUUUUCCAAGGAUUUUAGGGGAGAGAAUUCUCCUGGACAAAAACGUAAAGCUAGCGACACGAAUGUAGACGAUUACAGGAAAAAAACGUUCAAGGCCAAGAAGUGGAAAGGUGGAAUAGAAAUUCAAGUUGGGAAAAAAGGAUAUAGACGACAUGACAACAACGAUAAACAUUUGUCAGUUAACGGUAAAGGAUCACGGAAUAGUUACAUGAAAGAAAACUUUGUUGGUGAUAAAGCCAUGAAACGAAAGUUUAGUGAUGGUAAGGGAACUGACUUUGGGAAAAGGAAGAAAUUUUCCAGCUCAUGGGAAGAUAACAAAGAAUCUGAUGAGAAGCCUAAUAUCUGGCAAAUGAAGAAAAAGGAAAGAAAAGACUUUCGCCGCCAACAAGAUGAAAACUAUGAUCUGGUUCACAGUCUUAAAAAAUUGUAUGAGACUAUUAGGAGAAAGAAGUGCUCCAAGGCAGAGAAGGCAGAAUUGGUUGAAAAGAUAUUGAGUCUAAUUGCUGGUCAUACUCAUGAUGUAAUUUUCAAACAUGACACUGGACGUGUGAUUCAGGCUUGUGUUAAGUUUGGUACAAUAGAGCAAAGACAGAAGUUAUUUGAGCAGUUUAAAGACGAUUUUGGAGAACUUAUCAAGUCAAAAUAUUCCAAGUUCUUUGUCAAAAAAUUGUUAAUAUAUGGAACAAAGAAACAGCGUGAUGUUAUUAUCAAGUGCUUUUAUGGGGAAGUUCGCAAACUCAUCAGACAUAAGGAGGCAUCAUCUAUUCUAGAAACUAUAUACAGUGAUUAUGCAAACUCUGCCCAAAAAGCCCAUCUCAUCCAGGAAUUCUAUGGAGCUGACUUUGCCUUUUUCAAGUCAGCAGAGUUAAAUUCAUUGGAAAAAGUUUUGCAAUCUGAUCCAGCAAGGAAAGCUGGAAUUCUCAAAUACAUGAAAGAUGCCUUGUUGCCUCUUAUAGACAGAUCUGUCAUUGGCCAUAGUAUCAUUCACAGAGUCCUUCUUGAAUACCUCACAUAUGCUGAUGAAAAUGCAAGAUCAGAAAUGAUAGAGCUGAUUAAAGAUUCUGUUGUUCUCAUUCUUCAUACUCAUGAUGGAGCCAGAGUUGGUAUGCAUUGUUUGUGGCAUGGAACAGUUAAGGAUCGUAAAGUACUUGUCAAAUCCUUCAAGAGUUAUUAUGUGAAGAUUUGCAAAGAAGAAUUUGGACAUCUUGUACUGUUGGCACUAUUUGACUGUGUUGACGACACAGUGCUUGUCAAGAAGAUCAUGUUCCUGGAAAUCCAGCCAUCUCUCCAGGAGUUAGCUGCAGAUACGUAUGGAAGGAAAGUGUUAAUGUACCUGCUCUGUCCCCGAAGCCCUGCCCAUUUUCAUCCCACUACAGUGGAGCUGCUCAAGAAAGGGGAUGGAAACUCCAACAGCAAAAAAGAUUCACAUCAGAGGCAAAAUGAACUUCUUGAAGGAAUUUCACCCACUCUGUUGGAGCUGAUAGAGAAAAAUGGUGAAGAGUUGUUAUUUGAUAAAGGAGGCUGUCAACUUGUUCUAGCUGCUCUUCUUAAAUGUGCAGGAGAUGUGAAGCCUGCUGUGAUGGCAAUUGUGAAUUUAGCUAACAAAGAUCUUAAUCCCUCGACUGAAGACGAAGAUCAUGUAGUGAAGAGUGCAGCGGGUCAUUUUGCUUUGAAGAGGCUCAUUAACCAGGACAAGGAAAGACUACAGUUUGAAAAGAAAGAUGAAGUGCUGUUCAGUAAACUGCUGCUUGAUAACACUGAUCCUCGUAUGUUGUUCGAGUGGUGUAAGGUGAACAGAGGAGCUUUUGUGGUCGCGAGUUUACUCGAGAGUUCCGUCCCCGGAGUUUCAGAUACAGUAAAGACACAUUUACAACCUCGUAUUUCAAAACUGAAGAAACACGAUUCCAAAGGCGUGCAGAUCGUGUUAAAACUUCUCUCAAAUUGAUCGCGACGACAGAAUUGAUCGUGCCUCAUCCCCCUACCCUCCCCUCCCCCUUCCAUUCCGCUUUUACUCUCUCUCUCUCUCUCGCUGGGGGGAAAGUGAUGGGAUGUACAAAGAUGCAUGUCGAUAGGAUUCAGCCAAUACCACUAAAAGUGUAGAUUCCAGUGAGGUGAGGUAGAGAUGAGUUUUUAAAGUUUGCCCUCAAAGCUGACCAUCAAACUUUAUCCCCAUUGUUAGUUGAACUUCUAUUGAGGUCAGAGGGUCCAGUUUAGAUAAAAUUUCAUCUCGCUGCGCGACAGUGAAGUUCGAAAAUUCAGGAAUAAUGUUAAUGAUAACUGAGUAAAGCUGCUUCUGUUACAAUGAACAAUUAUUGAGUAUAACUUGCCCUGAUGUUGGUUACUUUCGUUUAAUUGUGUAAUCGACCACCCGUCGUUCUUCGUUUAUACGUUCGGUUAUCUAUCGUGUUUCGUCUUUCGCUUGUCGAUCGUGAGUUUGUUUAUCGUGCGUCAGUCAUUACUUUCGUUCAUUUUUUGCUGAUUGUUUGUUCGCUUGUGCGCUUGACACUCGUUACUGAGACACACGUCUUUUUAUUACAAGCUUGGAAACAUUACAUUGAAUUUAUCAUUCAAAAAGUUCGACGAAAUUUACAGUUUACUGAACCAUUAACGAUCACAUAGAGGCUACCAAUGUUCCUGAAAACGAUAGUGUUACAAAAACCUAAGCAAGCCUGCACCCCCUCCCCCUUUGGAAGCUUUUAUCAAUUUCCUUGCCUUUCAGAAAGGGUCUUAUUGUGGAGGGAGAGGGGAGGGGAGGGGAGGGCUUGUUUAAAACUUACAGAGGGCAUUGUGGGAUCGUUGUUGUUCUUUUGAAUUGUCACCUAGAUUUAAUGAUUAUUAUGCACAGUAAAAACGUGCCUUUGGUCGAAUACCGACGUUACUUAAAAUGAAAGCUUAUAUAGACUUAAGAGUACAAGUAUAUGUUGUACUGUAAAGCCAUCUCGUUCAAACAGAUGGCAACGAACGUGACAUUUAAGAGUUCUCGAUCAGGGGGGGAGGGCAGAAAGAAGCCUUGUAGAGCAAAAGACAUGUCAGUGAGCGGGGGUGGGAGUUUACUUGAACAGUUACUUUAUUUAUCCUGCGAUUUUGCGACCCAAAGUUAAUCAGUAGCUGUACCAUGUGAUGUACUUUCUAAAAACAGUUUGGAAAACUUUGUUUUACCGAUGUCAAUGUUACAGAACUACUUAAUAGAACUCUAAGAUACGUUAUCCAAGGCACUACAAUAUCUGAACUGCUGUAAUUUACUGUAAAUCAACCAACGAGCUGACAUUACUGUCAGCACCGACUAAAACCUCUAAUACUUGUUGUGCUCUCCGUUAGUGCUCCUUAAAAAGAGGCACUGGGAACCAAGCUAUCCAGGUUGUUUAAUUUUCUUCACUGUGGUAAAAAGAUAAAAAACGAAAAGUGAAGCGUGAAGCGUGAUCUCAUGGUAGAACUCGCUCGACUUGUCUCUUUGGAACAUUUUAUGUUCGUUUUAAGUGAUAAUUAAAGUGAAACAAAGGUCUAA